AUGUUCUGUGCAUAUUGUCAGUUAUAUGUUUAUGAUCCUAAUACUGCUUUAAAUUUUCGAAUGGAGCAAAAUGAUUGUUGCAUACGUGAGUUGAUGGAAUUUUUGCAGACUAUAAUUAGUCAAGAGAACCCAUUUGCUCUUGCAUUUAAAAACAUGGCUGAAAUUGAAGAUGAAGAAGUACGUCAAGCAGCUUUAGAAGGUCGACCAACUUCGAUUGUUAAAAUGUCAUUGCUUGAAGGUGGUGAUAGACGUCGAUACAAUCUUCCUUCACAUGAGGAAGUUGCCAUUGUUUUUGUUGGGGAUGAUGGUGCUCCACCUCCAUCUAGGGAAGUAGUUAUAUACCCUCGAGGUCAGGCCUUAAAAACAAUUUCAAGUAUGUCUGCAAAUCUAGAUCCAAUGAUAUAUCCAAUAUUUUUUCCAAGAGGUGAUGCUGGAUGGCAUGAGCAACUAGAGCAUCAUCCUGACCGAGCUACACGUGUUAGAAAUCGGGUUACUUUGUCUCAGUACUACAAUUACAGGCUUUCUGUUAGAGAAACCUUUAAUCCUAUAUUUUAUGGUAAGAAGCUUUUUCAACAGUAUGCUGUUGAUGCAUAUGUCAAGAUUGAGGGUCAGCGCCUUGCUUUUAUUAGAAAUAACCAAAACAGACUUAGAAGUGAACAAUAUGAUACAUUAUAUGAACAUGUAAAUAACGCUGCAAAUAACCUUAAUGUAACACCAGGUCGUGUUGUUAUACUACCAUCCUCAUAUGUUGGAAGUCCAAGAGCUUUAAAAGAAAAUUUUGAAGAUGCAAUGGCAAUUAUAAAGAGAUAUGAUGAUAUUUUUAAACACGGAGUCUUAGGUAAAGUUAUAAGUCAUGUACAGGUUAUUGAGUUUCAAAAACGUGGUUUGCCACAUGUACAUAUUUUAUUGCACUUUGUAAAUGAUGAUAAGCUAGAAACAGCAGAGGAUAUUGAUAGUCUAAUAUCAGCUGAAAUUCCAGAUCAAACUGUUAAUCCUGAACUUUUUGAAAUUAUAAAAACAUGUAUGAUUCACGGACCAUGUGGAAUUUUGAAUCCCAAUUCUUCUUGCAUGAAAGAUGGGAUUUGCACAAAAAAGUUUCCUAAAGAAUUUAAUCCUCACACUGUUGCAACUUUCAAUGGCUAUCCUCACUACAGGCGUUUAGAUAAUGGUAGAGUAGUCGUUAUAAAAGGUAACCAAGUUGAUAAUCGAUGGGUUGUACCCUACAACCCUUGGUUAUCUAAAAAAUACCAAGCACAUAUUAAUGUUGAAGCUUGCAUGUCUAUUAAGUCAGUUAAGUAUUUAUAUAAAUAUGUCUAUAAGGGGCAUGAUUGUGCUCAUGUGUUAAUUAAUGAAAGUCUUGACCAUGAUGAAAUUAACACAUAUUUAGAUUGUCGCUUUGUUUCUGCACCAGAGGCUCUUUGGCGAAUAUUUGAGUAUUCCAUAAGUGAUAUGUCACAUACUAUUAUCCGCCUUCAAGUCCACCUUCCUGAUAAUCAGAGGGUAUAUUUUAACGAAGGAGAAGAACGAGUAGCUAUAGAUCGUGCUGCACAGCGUGACACUCACCUAACUGCUUGGUUUAAAUUAAAUGCUGAGAUAAAUGAAGCACGUCAGUAUUCUUAUGUUGAAAUUCCAUAUCACUUUGUUUUUGAUGGUAAAAAUUGCAAGUGGAAAGUAAGACAAAGAGGCAGUGAUAAGGUGAUUGUGCGAAUGUAUAAAGUCAAUCUAACCAGUGAAGUAUUUUUUCUUAGAUUGUUGCUUUUGCAUGUAAAAGGUGCAAUGUCUUUUGAGGAUUUGUGUUCUAUUCAUGGCACUGUUUUUAAUACAUUUCGUGAAGCAUGUUAUCGAUUAGGUCUAUUGCAAGAUGAAUUUAAAUGGAGAAAUACAUUAACUGAAGCUGUAGCAACUCGAAUGCCUAAACAAAUUAGGCAACUGUUUUCCAUCAUAUUGACUUUAUGUGAACCUGAUGAUCCUUUACACCUUUGGAAUACAUUUAAAGAUUAUAUGAUUGAGGAUUACAUACACCAUUCAAUGCCAGUUGUACUUGCUGAACAGACUGCUCUUCGUCAAAUUGAAUCUAUAAUUAAUCAGAGUGGUAAAACUUUAACUGAUUAUAAUUUGCCUACAUUAGAUCAGUUAUUAGAUAAUGUCCUAGAAAAUGAUGAUGGAGAUAUUCAGUUAUUUAUUGAUGAAGCAAAUCAAGUUAGACCAUUAUUAAGCGAUAAUCAGCGUAAUGUAGCUGAUGCAAUCCUUGCUGCACUUAGUGAAGAACCUAAUAAUGAAAAUAAGCAUUUAAGAUUUUUCUUUAUGGAUGGUCCUGCCGGUUGUGGUAAAACAUUUAAUUACAAUUAUAUAAUUUCUGAAACACGCAGCAGGCAUAUUAGAACUGCAACAGCUGCAUGGACAGGAAUAGUUGCAACUCUUCUUAAGAAUGGAUGCACAUUGCACGGCUUAUUCAAACUUCCUGUUCCAAUUUUGGAAACUAGCACAUGUAAUGUAACUCCAAACUCCAUUCAUGGUAGAUUCCUGAGACAAGUUAGUUUAUAUUUACUCGAUGAAGCAUCUAUGAUACCCAAACAUGCUUUGAGUGCCAUUGAUAAGUUAUUACAAGAUAUUUGUUAUAAUAAGUUUCCUUUUGGUGGUAAAGUUAUUCUUAUGGGUGGAGAUUUUCGACAAAUACUUCCAGUUGUGAAGAGAGGUCGACCAGCAGAUGUUGUAGAAUCAUGUAUAAAGUGUUCUGAACAUUGGCAAUAUGUGCAAAGGUUUUCAUUAACUGAAAAUAUGAGGGUUCAGAUAGGAGAAGAGGAAUUUUCUCAAUGGCUUUUAAAGCUUGGAAGUGGAACAUUACCUGUCAAGCCUGAAGAUCCUUUGCAAGGGUGUAUUGAAAUACCUGAGCAGUGUUUUCUCAAUGAUAAUGAAUCUAUUGUGGAAAAGAUUUUUGGUGGUGCAGAAGAAGCUGAUUAUGCAAAACGUGCUAUUUUAACACCAACAAAUGUUGAUUCAUUGGCAAUAAAUGAAGAAGUCUUUCAUCGAUUACCGGGUGAUGUUAAAAUUUAUUUAAGUUCAGAUAGCAUUGAAACUGAUGAUCAUAAUGAAAUUUAUAAUUUUCCAGUUGAGUUUUUAAAUACUUUGACUCCAUCAGGUAUGCCUGUUCAUUGCCUAAAGUUGAAAAUUGGUGCUGUUAUAAUGCUACUUAGAAAUUUAGAUCUCAAAGGUGGACUUUGUAAUGGAACACGUUUGAUGGUGCGUGCACUACACAACAAUUACAUUGAUGGUGAGGUUCUAACAGGUGUAUCAGCUGGUAACAGGGUAUUUGUUCCUUGA